CUGCCAUUUUCACGUGCAGCCAAUGGAACGAGCCCAAGUCACUGCAUUGCUCGACCACAUUCCCAAAGUCCAUUGGGCACCGCUUCGUGGGAUCCCUUUAAAACGUCGCUUACAGACCUUGGCUAUCGUUACAUGGCUGGCUUUACUUCCUAUCUGUCUCAUCAUAUACCUGUAUCUAUUCACCUUUCCCUUAUUAUGGCCGAUGCUCAUUAUGUAUACGAUAUGGCUGUUCUUCGACAAAGCCCCUGAAAACGGAGGCAGACGAAUUUCACUGGUGAGGAAACUGCCACUGUGGAAGCAUUUUGCCAAAUAUUUCCCAGUCACUUUGAUCAAGGAAGGAGAACUCGACCCCAAGGGAAACUAUAUUAUGUCAUAUCACCCUCAUGGAAUCAUAUCCAUGGCGGCUUUCGCCAAUUUUGCGACGGAGGCGACUGGCUUUUCCGAGCAGUAUCCGGGCAUUGUUCCUUCAUUACUGACACUAGCCUCCAACUUUCGGUUACCUUUGUACCGAGAUUUCAUGAUGUCUCUAGGCAUGUGCUCGGUUUCUCGACACUCUUGUGAAGCUAUUCUUCGUUCGGGUCCUGGUCGGUCUAUUGUAAUUGUCACAGGCGGAGCUUCAGAAUCCCUUAGCGCACGACCUGGUACCAACGACCUUACACUUAAGAAGCGACUGGGCUUCAUCCGACUCGCCAUCCGAAAUGGUGCCAGUUUAGUGCCUAUCUUUUCAUUUGGAGAGAACGACAUUUAUGAGCAAUAUGAUAACAAGAAGGGAAGUUUGUUAUGGCGAUAUCAAAAAUGGUUCCAAAAAAUUACUGGAUUUACGGUUCCUUUGGCUCAUGCGCGCGGCAUUUUCAACUACAAUGCUGGGUUCAUACCAUUCCGACAUCCGAUAGUGACAGUUGUUGGUAAACCUAUUGCUGUCCCCCUCUUACCUGAAGGCGAAAGCGAGCCUAGCGAGGAACAAUUGCGUCAAGUUCAAGCAAUGUACAUUGAAAGCCUGCAAGCUAUUUAUGAUAAAUACAAAGAUACCUAUGCUAAGGAUAGAAUAAAAGAAAUGACCAUAAUUGCAUAAUAAACCUCCGCGGCAAUGCCUUUUUCGACAACUGCCACACACCCAA